AUGGCCGGCCCAGCAAAGAAGCGCGCGCAGGCCGAGAAGAAGUCCAAAGGCUCGUCCAAUGGCUCCUCCUCUGAGUCUCGCGAUCCUACUCAGCGCUCCGUCCCGAAGUCUAUUCCUCGUCUUGAUGGUAACCGCGAUCCCAAAAUCCGCGCUCCCGUGGACUACAGCGACCCUCGGGACCUCAAGAACAUCUCCGAUUUCCUCGGUAUUGCCGGUUGGUACCAGGCUCGCGGUAUCACCAUCCCAGGUUCUCUUCCUCAACGCCCCAAGAACUUUAACCAGUACGGUAAAGCUGCCAACAUCGUGCUCAACACCUUCAACGUCAUCAAAGCCCCCAAUACUGUGGUCCACCAGUAUGAUCUCAACUACAGCGGCGACGCCCAGGAUUACUCCAAGCGCGUUCUUCUGAAGAAGAUCUGGAACUCCCGUGGUGUCAAGGCCGAGCUUGGUGAACCCAACAACCUCUGGGUCUGGGACACCAACAAGCUGGCAUGGUCCGGCAAGCGCCUGCCUCGCGACGACACCCGCAUCACCGUCGAUCUCGACGAAGAAGAGGGCCGCCCCACCAAGCCGAAUUUGCGUGGCAACAAGCAUACCAUCCACGUUCGCUGGACCCGCCAAGUCGACUUCAUUAACCUGAACGCCUUCCUCAAUGGUCAAGCCUCUUGGUCCAACGAGUGCAUUGACACCAUUAACUUCCUUGACCACGUCAUGCGCGAGUGGCCUUCUCAACAGUACACUCAAAUCAAGAAGUCUUUCUUCCAGCGUGGAGAAGUUCGUUUCGAUCUUGGUGGUGGUGUUGAGGCUUUCAAGGGUGUCUUCGCCUCCCUCCGCCCCGUCUUGGAUGACAAGUUCAAUAAGUCUCUGUCCGUCAAUGUCGACGUCGCCAACGGUACCUUCUGGCGUUCUCAAGAACUUACCCGCGCCAUCGGUCAAGUCUUCAACUGCGGCCCGCCUCAGUUCGCAACCAUGUACAAGAGUGCUAUCCGUGACUGGAAGGGCUCCAUGCUCAAGAAGGACCUCCGCAAGUUCAAGAAGGUUGGCGUAUCCACUACCCACACCAAGGAACCCACACAAUGGACCAUCGAUGAAUUCGUCAACUUGGAUGCUUCCCAGGCCACCUUCCCCGAUCCAGAUGACCGUUCCAGAAAGAUCUCUGUAGCACAGCACUUCAAGAAGAAGUAUGGUGUCACUUGCAUGGCUGGAGUUCCUGUGGUCCGAAUGACUAAGAAGAUCCGUAAGGAGCCUGUCUACAUGCCUAUCGACGUCCUGAAGAUCGAUGGAAAUCAACGAUACACCACCAAGCUGAGCGACACCCAGACGUCCAACAUGAUCAAGUUCGCCGUCACCCUUCCCAAGGAGCGCUGGGCUGCUGUUCAGCAAGGUAUCCGUCUGCUCAAUUGGCAGAAUGAUCCCUAUCUUCGUCAUUAUGGGCUAAAGGUUAGCCCUGAUGCUGCCAAGGUGCAGGCUCGUGUCCUUCCCUCGCCCACUGUUCACUUCGGUGCCGGAUCCAAGGAGGCCACUAUCAAGCCCGCGGACAUGAUUGCAGGUCGAUGGAGACUCGAUGGACGCAAGUUCGCCAUGAAUAACAAGGAGCGCCCAAUCAAGGCAUGGGGUGUCUGCUGUGUUCAAGGCCGUGGCAGCCCUCCUCCUCAAGCCAUCGAGGCCUUCUUCCAAAAGUUCGUGCAGAUUUAUGAAGCCCACGGUGGUCUCGUUGCCGCUCACCCUCAGCAUGGCAAGAAGCCGUGGAUGGGUCCCGGUAACCUUGCUGACGGUGGUGAGAUGAUCCAGAAGGUUUGGAACCAGACCGGUAACAAAUACGCUAUGCCGCCCAACCUGCUCUUCUUCGUCGUCAACGACCGCAAUGUUGAUGUAUACCGCCGCAUCAAGAAGUCUUGCGACAUCCGUUUUGGUGUGGCUUCGCAGGUCCUCCAGGCCAAGCACGUCAUGUCCGCUUCACCACAGUACAUUUCCAACGUCUGCAUGAAGGUCAAUGCUAAGCUAGGUGGUGCUACCUCUGUUGCGAAGUCCCAGCUCAUCCCCAAGGUCGCUCCGAAGUCCGCUUCGAUCCCGACAAUGGUUGUCGGCGCUGACGUGUCUCAUCCUGCUCCUGGAGCCGCUUCGGGUGAGGCUGCAUCCUUCGCUGCCAUCACCGUAUCCGCCGACGUCCACUUUGCUCGAUACUGGGCUGAGGUCCAGACCAACGGAAAUCGUGUCGAGAUGGUCACCACCUCCAACAUCGAUCAGCACUUUGGAUUCAUGGCCAAGAACUGGAUGCAGAAGAUCGGCCAGGGCAGGGCUCCUCAGCGUGUACUCUUCAUACGCGAUGGAGUCUCGGAAGGGCAUGUACAGUAUGCAGCCGUUCUUGAGGAGGAAGUCCGCGACAUGAAGGAAUGUUUCAAGAAGCUGGGCUGCAAGGAGAUCCCCAAGUUCACCGUUGUCAUUGCCGGCAAGCGUCAUCAUAUCCGCUUCUUCCCUGAGAAGGGCGACCGCAACGGCAACCCUCUUCCUGGUACUUUGGUGGAAUCCGGCUGCACUCAUCCGUUUGAGUUCGACUUUUACCUCUGCUCCCAUGUCGCCAUCAAGGGUACGGCUCGCCCUAUCCAUUACCAGUGCAUUCUCAACGAGGGUGAGUGGUUGUCGGCCGAGCUCCAGCAGUUUAUCUUCGAGCACUCGUACCACUACGCCCGCUCCACUACUCCGGUCUCUCUUCACCCUGCUAUCUACUAUGCUCAUUUGGCCGCCGAUCGCUCCCGUGCUCACCUCAACGACAACCCAGUCUCCUCCGGUAAGAAGGAGUCUAAGGUAGACCAGCAGUCCUCAACCGGCUCGUCCAAGCAGAACGUCGAGAUCGCUCCCCUGAUGGAGAUGCAGAACGCUCGUGGCCUCAAGGAUGUUAUGUGGUACAUCUAG